CGGUUGCUAGGGGAGCGGCUUCGACAACAGAGUAAGAAAUAAUAACAGCAAUAUUAAUAACAAAUAGCGGCCUCACCUAUGGCUUCAUCAACGGCGCAGAUGGCGAUGGAGGCGGCAUCUGUGCAAGAUGCCAUCGCUGCCGCCAUGCUUGGAGAGGAGGGAGCUGCGCUGGAGAUUGUGCGGAUGCACAAGCAACAGAUGGAGGAGAUUCAUACUGCGCUUAUUCAACAUAGGCCCAAUCUACCAGCGGAUCUUCUCGGGGAGGGUGAGGAGUUGGUUAGUGGUUGGGACGCGGAGCUCCAUGCAGAUCUUUCGUCUCAACGGCCGGGCGCGAUUGAGAAGGCGCAGGCGAUGGUGGAGUUGGGUGGUUGUGCUGAAGUGCUUAAGAAAGUGAGGAGAAUCUUUGAUGAACUCAGGGAGGAGCUGUAUGGGAGUUUGAGGUGUGAUGAUGUGAAAGGGUGCUGCUGCGACGGGCCUGAGGAGGGGCAGGAGCUGCGCACUAUGUCACAGGAUUGUUCGUAUGUAGCGGAGGGUGUACUUCGCCGUGGGAGGCUUGAGGAGGGGCAGGGAUCUUACGGCGAACUGGAGGAGCGCGACAACGAUGCGAGUAUGAUCGGCAGUCAUCUCAACACCAACUUCAGCACGGAGAGCAACGACAUCGCCGGCGAUGAUAAUCAUAAUAUCAAUGGGCAUAACAAUGACGACGACAAUAAUGGUGACAAUUACUUCGAAGUGAGCAAUAUUGUUGCCGAUGACAAUAACAACAACAUCAAUAUCAGCAAGAACAGCGACAACAACGGUAGUCAUAACACUGGCGACCACAACAACGCUGGUGACGAUCUCUUUGAAGCUGGUGAUGCCGUUUUCCCCGAGGUUGUUGUCGAUAACGAAAAUGGCUAUUCGUCUGCUUUUUUCUGCAUCUCUGCUUAAAACCCAUCCAGAUUCAAGUGCUUAAUCCAAUCCACUUUGCUAUUCGCAG